AGUAUUAGUUGCUGAUACAGACCGACAAAAACCUCAGUUAGUAAUAUAUUUUGUGACCUUUCCAAAAGUCAAUUGACCUCAAAAACUAACGACUGCAUCCAUUUUUUGUUUUGCAAAUCAAGAAUCACCAUUCUCUCUUAAAUCUCAUUACAAUUACUAAUUUGCUUAAUAGUUUUUCUUAUUUCCCCAAAAUACCAAACACCAAUAAUUUACCCUAUACAUUUGGAAUGUGGUACACACAAGAAAAAAUAAAAGCAAAAUUGUUGUUUAUUCGCCGAUAUGGUGUUUAUUUGGAACUCUCAGUUUUAUUCAAAACGUUGUCUGAAUGCGGUGCGGUCGGUGUUGUAUAUCGUCCGUCGUGUGCUCUAUCGCUUCUGUCACUCAUAUAGAUUUGCCAAGAGGAAAAUAUUAUACCUACUACCCGAACCAUCACUUUGGGGGCUCUAUGAAGUUCGACCUUUAAUACAGAUAACAAAAAUAACAUCUAUGAACGUCGUCGGACAAUUCGUAUCUCUCGAAAGCAAACAAAAUCAAAACAAACAAACAACUUGACGUGUUAUACGGACGAAAUAGAGUCGCAUUUGAAUGAAUGAGUGUUACAUAGGAAUGAAAACCGAAAAUCAACUCUCAUGUCCGUUGUGCGUUCUCCAUCAAAAGAUUGUUGUUAAAGUGGUCCAGUCAUGUGUCUCUUCUUAAUUAAUUGAAAAGACAUUCUGUUUUUUUUUGUUAGUAAUAAUAAAAAUAAGUCAUACGAAUGUCACAAUUACGCAUACAAAAUUAUAGUUCGUUACGUCUAAAAAGUGCGUAAGAUUUUGACAAAAAUCAAUUUAGUGCAAUAAUAUUACGUAUACGCCACAGUGUCCAAUCGUUUUGUCACUAUUAACCACCACCAUUUCACACAUUUUUGCCUUAAUCAAAAGCCAGUUACAGGUUGGUGAGACGUGUAAAUGACGCGCAUCAUUUCAAUCCAUAUUCACCUCAAUCGGUCGUUAACAUCGUAACGUGUAACGAGUUUUCAAAAAAAAAAAAAAAGAAAAAAACAUGUUCAACACAGUUUACACUAAAAAUGAAAAUGAAAGUGAAAUUUAAUUUGCCCUCUACUACUACCCCCCUCCGAGUGCGUGGCUCUUACUCAUAGCAGCCAGCAAGCAGCUGUGUGAGCGAUGGUGAUAUGAUUAAUUAAUGAUAAUAAUCGUAAUCAGCUUUUUAUCGCGCAACAACCAACGGUGUUUGCCUUUGCAGUGAGUUGACGGUGACGGGAUUACAGGAUUUGAUACAACAAAUGCAACACAACUUGUGUUAAAAAAUAUUCGCUGUCGUCCAAAUGAUUAAAUUUUAACUUAAGUAUUUCGCGUCUUAAGUGAAUGAUGUUUAAAAUCCAAGUCUUCUAAGAUUGUUUAGACAAAAUAACUUAUCAAAUCCUUAACCUAUUUAUAUUUAUUUUUUUUUAUUUGAAAUUUAAUGCAAUUUUGUAAACAACUCUUUGAGUCUCAGUUAUAUAUUAAAAAAAAAAAUAUUAACGAAUUCCACUCAAUAUGCAAAUAAAAAAUAAAUUGAUACUUUUGUGCUGCUUAAUUUAACGUGUUAGUGAUAAAAAAUAUAAAUCAUAAUAAUAGACAAUACAAAUACGUAAAAAAAUUAAUAUAAAUAAAAAUAGCUUUUAAAUUAUUGAUUAAAAAAAUUAUUGCAAAAUGAGUCGCAGUAGCAGAAGGAACACAUUCACCAGACCAGGAUUCUCACUUAGACGCUUGUUAUUGCAAGGAGCACGAGCAGCUCGUGGUAGUCCACGACUUGGUCAAAGAUCAUGCGAUGUUGAACGUGGUCUUUCCAAGUCAGAGAAGAAAUCUGUUGAAGGUGCAUUCGGAAUGAACGAGAAUAAGAGCAUUCAUGGAGGAGAUAACACAUCGCAGCAAUCGUCAACACCACCACCGUACAACAGUGCUUCCAAUUUACAAGGAUCCUCCUCGUCAUCAUCAUCAUCAACACAACAAAAUGCAACAAUCAUCUCACCAUUUAAAGUCGACAAUGGCAAACAUUAUUGUCCCAUUUGUUAUAUUACAGAAACUUUGGCCAAUCCAUUUUAUAGCUUGGACACUUGUAAGCAUACUGUUUGUCGUGUAUGCCUCGAGAGGUAUUUAAAAAAUGAAAUCAACGAAUCAAGGACUGAUAUAGCUUGCCCUCAAUGUUCAGAAGCAAUGCAUCCAAGUAAUAUUGAAGUCUUACUCAAAGAUCAUCCAGAAUUCAUAAAUAAAUAUGAAGAUUUUAUGGUUAGAAGAUUUCUAUUAGCAGAUCCAGAUUCAAGAUGGUGUCCAGCACCAGAUUGCAGCUACGCAGUUAUAGCUUCUGGUUGUGCAUCAUGCCCUCGUAUACGUUGCAAACGUCCUGGUUGUGGUGUUAAUUUUUGUUACCAUUGCAAAGCCGAAUGGCAUCCAGAUCAGACUUGUGAUGCAGCACGAGCUUCACGACAAAGUCCAACUCGUGCACCAUCCGGUAGCAUUAGUCAGGACUCACAGCAUAGAGAUGAUAUUAAGCCAUGUCCACGAUGUCAAGUUCUUAUUGUUAAAAUGGAUGAUGGAUCGUGCAAUCAUAUGGUGUGUUCAGUUUGUGGAUCAGAGUUUUGUUGGCUGUGUAUGAAAGAAGUCAGUGAUCUUCAUUAUUUGAGUCCAUCAGGUUGUACAUUUUGGGGUAAGAAACCUUGGUCAAGAAAGAAGAAACUUUUAUGGCAGCUUGGUACGUUAGUUGGCGCUCCAGUUGGAAUAGCUCUUGUUGCUGGAAUUGCUGUUCCAGCAAUGAUUAUUGGAAUACCUGUUUGGGUUGGAAAGAAACUUCAUGCGAGGUAUAAGACUGCUACAAAACACAAAAGAAAUUGCUCAGUACUGAUUGGUGUGGCAGCAUCGAUCUUAGUUUCACCAGUUUUAGCUGGUCUCGCAGUCGCCAUUGGUGUUCCGAUUCUUUUGUUUUACGUUUACGGUGUCGUUCCAGUAUCCCUUUGCCGUGCCGGUUGUGGUGUCUCCACACGAGAUGGCUUCAAAUUUGAUUUCGAUGGCGAAGAAGAAGAAAUACAAGAAAUCCAGAUGCGCAAUCAAAGUGAUGGCGCUAGUGUUGAUGCUGUCUCCCGAAUCGGUGCUACCAGCAUUGGCGAAGUUAGUUUGAGUGUAGCUAGUGGCAGUCAUAUUGGCGUAUCAAGUCAGACAACUGCAUUCGGUGUGUCACAUGCUUCGAAUCGAGAGUCAACAACAGCUUUAGCUGGUAGUAUUACCGGACAGAGAUUAGAAGUUCAAGCCGAUGUUAGUUCAUCGGAAACUGCUUCAGCUGUAACAUGCGUUAGCGAGAAAUCUGGUAAUACACUUAAUGAUACUGCCUCGACCAAGGCUUUGGCCGGCUCGAUACUUAGUUAUAAACAGCAAAUGGACUCUUCAAAUGUUAGUGAAGAUGGCGUUUCUGAACGAGUACGUUUCGAUAAUACUGUUUGCUAUGUGAUUGAUGGAAAGAGAGACUGUUCAGAUGUUUGGUAUACAGCACCUUUAGAUCAGGAUCCUGGCGCCGACAAAGCCAGCGUCGGCAGCAGUCGUUCAUUUCGCAGUUCCGAACGUUCAUAUCGUGAAGAAAUCGAUCCAAAUAAUUCAGCAUCAACUGGCAAACGUCUUGCUUUAUUUAAUUCACGACAUGCCAAACUCAAUGCAGCUACACAUCGAACAUUAUCUCUAGAUUCGAAUACUGGAUCAAAUAAUAUACCCGAAAAUGUAAGUCUCGAACAACAAGCCGAAGAGGAAGAUAAGGCUGCUUCAUCUAAUCCCGAUAUACCAACACAACACGAUCAAGCUUCAAGCACUACAACCACCAUUAACACCAUCACUAAAUCUGGUUCUCCACCAAAAUCCUCCUCCUCAUCUACAACAAAGAACUCUACACGAACAUCGAUUUUAAGAAAUUUGUUCUUUGCUCAAAAAGAUAAUCACAAUAAUGCCAACAAUAAUAUAAAUAAUAAUAAUAAUUGCAAUACAAAUAACAGUAGCAGCAACAACAAAUCAAAAAAAGAUAAUUUAGAUGGUGGCGAAAGUAGUGCAUAGAUCCGAUCAUCAUUUAUAUAAAUUUAUUAUAAUUAUUGUAUCAAAACCUAAUAAGUCGAGAUAUUAUUCAUUCUCUCUUCAGAUAAAAAAAAAUAGAAAAAAAAAUUACAUGCUUCAGUAGAUGUUGUUGUCGUAAUAGAUAGAUAGAUUCAAUUCAAUUUUUAUUAUUAAUUUAAAAAACAAAAUAACAAAAACUAUUGUGUCUAAUCGUUCAGCAUACUAUACUCAAAUUGUACUACACAAACACUUAAAAAACUAUUUAUCCUUAUUUUUUCGUAUAAAUUCCUAUAUUGUAAUUAUUUUUUGUGUGUUACUUUGUUUGUGUUACCCUUUAAGUAACUUUUGAUUCCUUAUCCAUGGCAUUUUUUUUUUUAAUUUUCUUUUUUUCUUAAUUUUUUUUUUUGUUUCUCGCUUUAAGAUAUUUCUUAAAAUUUUGUUUCCUGUUAAGUAAAAAAAAAUUCUAUGUGCCAAAACUUAAAAAAAAAAAACAAAAAAACGUUCAGUUUAAUUUUUCUGCAUCUCGUAGAAAAGCAAAGUUUAAUAUUUUUUUUGCUGUUCUUAAGACUGAAUUAAAAAAUUUAAAAAAAACCUUAAGGUUACCCAUCAAAGUCGCCGAUUAAAAUUUACUCGCAUAAAAAGCGACUUAAAUUGAUUUUGAAACAAUUUUUUUUGUACACUGUACUUUUUUUAAAGUUUGUUUAUUUUUGAAAAAAAAAAUUAUAAUUUUCGAAGUAAAAUAUUAAAAUUAAAAAAUAAUAAUAAAAAACAAACUGUAUCUUAAGAUAAAAUAUUGUCGCUGUGUAUAUGUAAUGUAUCUAUUGCAUAAGUUUAAAUAAUAAAUUAAAAAAAGAUUAAUAAAAAAAGAUUUAAUUCACACAUAUUAUUAUAUUAAUUACAAUUAUUAUAAUUCUAAUUAAUUAAUUCUUCAAUGGAAAAAAACCUGAAUUUCAAAUGUGAUUUUAGUUGGAAUCGAAUUACAAAUGUAAGAAAAUUAAAAAAACAAAAAAAAAUUACAUAAUUAAAAUAAAUAAGCAUUGCUUAAUUAGUUCUUUUGUUUUAAAUAAUAAGUAAUGUUAUGUAUUAAUUAGAAAACAAAGUAAAAAAACACAACCGCUUAUUGAAAUCACUUAUAUAUAAAUAAAACACACACAUACAAUACAUAGCUAUAGAAAUAAAUAUUAUAUUAAUAAAAAAAAAAAAAACAAUUCAAUUAAAAAUUUAAUAGUACAUUUUUACAAAACAUUCAUAUAAAUUAUGUUUUUAUUUUGUUUUCUUAAUUUCCCGAUACAGUCUUUAACGCACAAACAAUACCUAAAAAAAACAGUUUCUUUAAAUUUAGUAAAUAGAAAAUAAAGUGUUAAAAAAUUCGAUAUAAAGAAAUGAACUUAUAAGAAAGUAUUAGCUCUGGAAUUUACUUUUACGUUUCCCUCAAGACAAGAUUUCACUAUGCUCAAGUCACUGCUUGACCGAAUGCUGAAGAUGUUUCUCAACUUACUGGAGUUAAAAAAUAUCCCAACUUAAGUAACAACUAUGAACUUCGCCCUAAAUGGCGUUCAAUAAUAAUUUA